UUUAUAUACAUCAUUGGUUGACUGGUUGGUUUGAAAGCUAUCGCGAGAAAUGGAAGGGGUAUUUUUUUAAUGAUAUUUGAGCGUAAUCUUCCUUUUGUUGUAGCCAGUCAUACGUUCUGUAGCCUACAACAAACAUAUUAAUUAUAUUUCAUAGUCUUCAUACAGUAGCAAAAUGGCUAAGGUAGAACUCACACCGCUGAGACCCUGGGACGAUUUCUUCCCAGGUUCUGACCGAUUUGCUAAACCAGACGUGAGAGAUCUACCUAAAUGGAACAACAGGGUUGUCAACAACUUGCUUUACUAUCAGACGAACUAUUUGGCGAUGGCUGUCAUGGUUUUCCUUAUUGUGGGGUUCCUGAACCCUAUGGAGAUGUUCAUGGGCAUGGCGGUGGUGUCAUUGGUCUUCCUGGGCUCAGUGUGGGCUGGAGAGAAUAAGGCCAUGAUCAAGGACUUUAAGCGGCAGAACCCCACAUUGUUUGUCAUGGCAGUGAUGCUUGCCAGCUACUUCCUCAUGUCUCUCUUUGAUGGCGUCAUGGUCUUCAUAUUUGGGAUCACGUUUCCUCUUCUCUUGAUCUUUGCACAUGCCUCAUUUCGCCUUCGCAACAUGAAGAAUAAACUGGAGAAUACAAUGGAGGGGGCGGGGCUAAAGAAGUCACCAAUAGGUAUUCUACUGGAUGCACUGGGCCAGCAGGAAGAGAGUCUGCAUAAGAUCCAAGAAUUCUUGGAAGGAAAACUAAAGGAAGGAUGAGAACUCCACACAGACGCCACAGUCCCUGUGUUGUCGUAAGUCCCCUAUCAGCCUCCCUGGCCUCUGACCGGAUGGGAAAGGAUUUUUUGCACACCUCCUUUUAACUUGCAGUCUCAUUGCAUGCAGUCAAUGUUGAAUGGGAAUGAUUGUAAUACAUCUCAGCUUGUUUGAAGACUUCAGCUAGAAACCAUAUUGCCUAUUGCACAUGCAAGUGUAUGUGUGUUUAGACUAGAGAGCAUGUGUUGAAAACACAAGCGUUAGUUUAACCUCAGGGUAUUUGUUACUCCACCCAAAACUUGUCAGAGCACUUUGUUUUUUAAAAGUAGUGAUGUCUGCAUCUCAAUAGUUCACAUGUGAGUCUUCCCCGAUGAAUGGAUUCGUGUGUGUAGUUGGGCAAGUGUUUCCAAAUCCUGUAUGCAAUAUUUAUACAACUUAUUUAUAUUUUGUGACCUUUGUAAAUAUAAGGAGUGAAAAUAUUGUGGCGGUAAAAGCAAAACUGUGACCGGACUGAUUGAGGUCACUUGGUUUGAAAAAUAAACAGAAUUAACUAGGUGUAGUGUUCCAUAGAUGAAUUCACAAUUUAUCUCGCAAAUUAAGCAGUAGGGACUUGCCUUUUUAAAGUGCUGUGCAUUCUCCCUUUUAUUGAUGCAAACAUUGCAAUGUGAAAAUGCUGAUUUGUGGAGAGUAGACCUUUACUUUGCUACUAAGCUGUACUACCUUUCUUAUUGCUCUCUUUCCUCAGAAGAACUGGAGGUAUUUAAUCUAUGUUUAAUUAUUUUCAAUUAAGAGAAACAACUGACCGGCUUGGCUACGAAGGAGAAAUUGUGAAAUCACUAAAUUAUUAGUUGUGAAUUUUUGUUUUCAACAAGUGUUAAAUAAAUACGGUACCAGUCAUGUUUGGACACACCUACUCAUUCAA